GGGUGGACCCACCUUUGCGACCGUCCCUCCUCACCUACUCUCCCGUUAUUCCAAACGGCUGCUAUUUACCUUUACCUGUCCGGCUGGUCCAGCUUUACCUGGACGGAGAGCGGCUUACCUGACGGCCUAUUCUCCACUGAGAGUCAAAACCAGGUGUGUUGGACGGGAAACGGCUUACGAAACGACAAGAAAAGACGCAAGGAGGAAGAAGAAAACUGGGACAGCGCGUCCAUUGCUGCGUAAACUUCGGUGUUUCCUGCUCAGGUGACUUUUGUGAAACUCGGGCAAAGCAAGUGCGGGCAGCGGACACAUCAUGCCGAGGGCUUUUUUAGUGAAAAAGCCGAACGUUUCGCCGGGGAAGCGAAACUGGAGUGAGCUGAACGAUCAUGAGCGGGGAGACGUUUACAUCCCAGUGUCCAUUUUCCCCCCGUCAGUCCUGAUGGAGGCAGAAGCCAGUCCUGCCGAGCUCAUGCCCAUCUGCCUCUCGUACAAGUCGCGAACAGACACGCGGGCCUGUGCGGAACUGCCGUCCAGUACGGUGCUGGGUCAGCCACAAAGCCCCGCACCGUCGCCUGAUGAGAGGUCAGAGGUCAGGAGGAGAGCACAGAGCACUUCUACAUACGUCAGGUCGAAAAUCAAGGUCACCACUGGUGAGCUACAGACCACCUCUCCCUCUCCUCCUCCUGUUUCCACCCUGCCGGCUCCUUUGACCCAAAACAAUGCAGUGAUGCUUGUUGCCACGACGACCGUCUCCACCACUCCAAAAGUUGUUCCUACAGUGACGCAACCAGAAGUCCAAAGUCCCGUCACCACAUUUGUGUGUCAGGUUUGUCAGAAAACGUUCCAGUACCAGCGGAUGUUGAACCGGCACCUCAAGUGUCACGCAGACACCAAGCGGCACCUCUGCAGCUUCUGCGGUAAAGGCUUCAAUGACACCUUUGACCUCAAGAGACACGUGCGCACGCACACAGGCGUUCGUCCCUACAAGUGCAGCUCUUGUGAGAAGGCUUUCACUCAGCGCUGCUCCUUGGAGUCCCACAUGAAGAAGAUCCACAGCGUGACCCUCAAAUAUGCCUACAAAGAGCGACGCAACAAGCUGUAUGUGUGCGAGGAGUGCGGCCACACGGCCGGAACACAGGACGAGCUGCUGCAUCACCUCCACUCCCUCCACCCUGACAGCUCGCUGAUAAAGGGAAAGUCAGCGAGACGGGUGGGUGGAGCAGGCGGAGGAGGCCGAGAGUCCAGUUCUCCGGGUUCUCCUCAGGGAGCUGACAGUGAUGACACCACUGGGUCUGUCGGCCAGUGAAGUUGAUGGGUGAUAAGGAAAACUCAGGGAUGAAGGAAGGAUGACACUAGAAAAGUGGACAGAAAAGAUCAAUUGCAUAAAAUGUGUAUUCCGAUAAUGUGUGCUUGCAUUUGGGCUUCUUAUGCAUCAAAGACUUUGGGGUUAUGACGCUGAUGAGCUUGUACAUGAAAUGCCUAUUUCUCUGUUUAGUGCAUGCGAAUUUGAUCUGGGUUUUUCUGUGUAUUUAUAACUGUUUCUACUAAAAUGUAUUCA